AAAUUUUUAUCUUCUUCAAAGGUAUUUUUACUUGAAAUAACCAAGUUGAAGAAAAACAAUUUCAUCAAUUGAGACAUAAUUUUUCUCUGGGUGUAACGUUAGAAGCAAUGUAAGGUACAAAACGCAAAUAUGGAAAAAGAAAUUGAUUUGCUGUGAUUAAUGAAGCAGAGCAGAGAUAGAACCUACGCAUUGGCAAGCGUAAACCGAGCUAAUGAGUAAGAAGAUAAAUACUACAUAUUCCCGAGUUACAUAUUAACUGAAUUUCCGAGAUAUCAGUCGUUUAUAUGCACACAGAGAGAGAGAGAGAGAGAGAGAGAGAGACUCUCUGUGUCGUAAGAUACUCUCUUACGGCUUUUGUAUCCGAGAAGUAUGAUCUUCGGGUAAAGAUAGAUCCUACACACCGGGCCGUGAGCUGCGUGAUCGCGCGAGAAAGGUGUGCCGCGCGAUCGAUGUUGAAUUUUCUCUCAGUCGGCUUUCAGCCGGUAGAUCGUUACCAUCGAUUCCGUCGGAUCUCUCCUCGAUCGUACUGAGCAGUCACUCGUGACUUCGCAUCGCUUGACGCGCGUCAAGAGCUGCGAAUUUCUCGUCGACGCGUCACGACGACGAGAAAUCAGUGUCUUUUUAUUUACGCAUUUCAACGUAUUCUUUUCGUCGUCGUCUAACAAUACAAAUAUAGAAGCAUUUGUUCCAACGUUGCAUUCUUAUUAUUUAGAUCGUUCUGCCGCUACAUUCUUUUCAUUGCCACCCACAUAGUUUUUUCUUCCAACAUUCAGAUACCUUGCGAUAAAUUCCUUUAACUUACAGAUCAAAGUUUUUUUUUUCCCCCAAAUCAGACCGAACGCAUGGUUAUCGAUGACAACUUGGAAUGUAAAUUAUAUUGACCAACGUGUCGCAGUUAUCGUUAACGUUAAAAAUUAAAGGGUGACUGACGGGGGUCGGUCCGUGGGGAGGAUCAGCGCGAGUCUCACUCGAGGUGUUCUCUUUUCGAAUUGCAGAUCGAAUAUAAGUGCGCGCGUGUGGUUCGUGUGUGUGUACAUGUGCCGUCAUCACCACCGUCCGCAGCAGUAACGGAAAAGAAGAGGACUCGACCCGCAGUGGCCGGAACCACCGAAAAAUGGACGCGACGCCGCAACGAGUUAUUUCCGGUUUGCUUUUGUUCGCCCUCGCCACAUUACACCUCGGUUACGCCAGAAACGGACCUAAUUAUUAUGGUAAAUUAAUAGGAUCUCUACAAGAAUACGCACACGGCAUCAAAGGUAAAGUCUACGCCGUUGAUGACGCAACGAUAUUCAUAAAAGGAUUUUGUUACGACGGCACCGGCCCAGAUGCUUACUUCUGGGUUGGGAACACCAGCCAACCCAAUCCCGACGGUUACAUUGUACCUUAUCCCGAAACUGAUAAGGCCAGUGAUCCACGAGUGUUAGAGGCGUACAACUACACAGAUGUUAUCCUGAGGCUACCCGGAGGAAAACGCAUACGAGACAUUAGAUGGCUGAGCGUUUGGUGCAGAAGAUUUACAGUUGACUUCGGCGACGUUUUCAUACCUCCUGACUUGAAGGUACCGAAAUUGCAAGUACUUCCUGAAUUUUCGAGAUUGGCCCACGGCCUCCGCAGCGGCAACAUCAGUAUUCUAGAUAGCAAAACGAUCUACAUUCCAAAUUUACAUUACGACGGUGGCGGACCAGACGCUUACUUCUGGGUAGGCAAUGGCUCCGAACCCACUCAUUUUGGCAUCAAGGUUCCCAAUGAAGCGGGCAAAACUGUACCAUUAAGAGCAUACCAAGGAGAGGACAUUGAGAUCGUCUUGCCAGAGAACUUGACGGUGUACGACAUAAACUGGCUCGCGGUGUGGUGCGUUGAAUAUAGACACAAUUUCGGGCAUGUUCUAAUUCCAAAGGAUCUCGACGUUCCUCCGGCUCUCGGCCAGACGAAAAUUACGCCGCCGUGGUGGUACAAUCCAACGAGCAGCACACCGACACCUAAGCCGGUGAGCAAUUGCAAGGAGAUGCUGGACGGCCGUGUCCAAGUGCAGUGGGAACUAAAAGACGAGGAUCACGUGCAGAUUCGGGUCUCGGGACGCAUCAAGGAGGACCAGUACGUCGCGUUUGGGUUGUCGGGUCGGGAUGGCAUGGCCGAGAUGGUCGGCGGCGACGUCGUCGUGAUCGGAUACAAUAAUAAAACCGGCAGGUUUAUCGCCGAGGAUUACUACAUGACAGACAUAUCUCAGUGCGAUGGCAAGAGGGGAGUAUGCCCGGAUCAGAGGAUUGGUGGGAGAAACGACGCGAGUCUUGUGCAUGGGGAAAGGAAGAAUGGCAUAACAACGGUUACGUACACACGUCCAUUGAGGACCAAUGAGCCAGAGAAGGACAGAAUAAUCCCGGAAAGGGAAACGAGCGUGAUCGCUGCCAUCGGAUCUCUGAAUUCGCGGGGCGAAGCCAAUGCUCAUGAGAGAUUCGAUAAGACCACCGAGGAUAUUCGUAUCGAUUUUACGUCGAGGAAUGUCCACGAAUGUACAAAUUCCCUGUACAAUAUUCCGGAUGCGGAUCCUGAACUUGAACCGUGGACACCGGCCGUUAUCGAUGACAAGAAUGUUUUCAAUGCAAGAAUUGGCCCGACUGGUGGGAAAAGAGGAUAUUCACGAAUCACAGGUACACCUUCUUGGGGUAUCGCAUGGUAUAUCAAUGGUUUCCUGAUCCCGGAGAUCACCGUCGAGCGAGGAGAAACUUAUACUUUCAUCGUAGAGGGUGGAAACGAUCGUUCCAAUCCCGCUAGAAAUCAUCCAUUCUACAUAACCGACAGUCCGGAGGGUGGUCUUGGACAAAUCACAGGAAGACAAACUGAAAAGAUAUUUGCUGGUGUAAAGUACGAUUCCUUUGGAUAUCUUAAGCCGAUAGCAGCCGGACGUUAUUGUGAAUGGGUCCGCACCAAGUUGGAUAAUCCGGAUAAUUACGAGACGUUUGAGAGCUUCUUCGAAACGCUCGAACUCAAAUGUGACAAGGGCGAGCCUGCCAAACUCACGUGGACUGUGGAGGAGGACACGCCGGACUUAGUCUACUAUCAGUGUUUCACGCACAAAAAUCUGGGCUGGAAAAUUCAUGUCGUCGACCCGGGGCGGUUGCAAAAAAAUAAUAUUGACGGCGUAAGUCAAGUUUUGCCUACGUUUACAACGUUUGUGGCGUCCAUUAGCGCACUUCUUUUAUUCUCGAGAUGAAUCAUCGCGUUUCCUUCUUCGCGGAACAAAUAAUGGAAGAUGACGACGAAAACUGAUCGACUUAAGAUGGUUACGAAAGUUGCAACAAUGUACACACGAUUGUUAAAUCGACGAAACACAUACAAGGUUGUAAGAAAGUAUUUAGUACGUAAGGUCUACUUAUAAGAUAAAAGAUUAGCAAAAUAUUUUUAAGACCUAUCAGAUUCAAUAUUUCAUAUUAUAUAUAUACAUAUAUAUAUAUAUGAGAUAUAUAUUAUACAAUAUAAUACAUAUACAUACAUACAUAUAUAUAUAUAUAUAUAUAUAUAUAUAUAUUGUUUAUAUGUAUAUGUACAAGUACAUGCAUACAUAUAUACAUGUAUGAACAUGGACGCAAAAUUUCCAUACUCUUUGAGAUAAAGUCGAGCUGACAAUAAUAAUGAUUAGAAGUGGGUAACCAGAAAAAUUUUGACAAUAAUCGUGAUCAGGACUGAAUAAUUGAUGAAAUUCUGACAAUAAUUUUAAUCAGAACUGAAUAAUUAAUGAAAUUUUGACAAUAACAAACGAUCGUUCAUUAUUAGGGGAAGGAUAUGUCAAACGAUAUCCGGAGACGAGCUGAUUAGCGCGUAACUAUAGAUAUAAAUUUGAUGCGAAGAAAUGUGGAGGUGCAUCAGCAUGUACAAUGUAAAUUUUGCACAAAACUAUAGUUGAUCUUAAUAUAAUUUUAAAUCGACGAUAAUACGUAAGAAAUACAUUUAUAAAUGCUGUCGACUUGACAAUAAUACGUAGAGUAGUCAAUCGGGAGAGAGAAAGAGGGAGAAACAGAAGAAAGAUUAACGAAAUGUGAAUUAUGUACAAGAAAGUAAAGAAAAAGUAAUACUUAAGGGAUGUGCAAGUUACAAACUAUUCCCUAUACGUGUAACAAUGCUAUAAUAUGUAUAUACUAUAGAGUGGACCUUCUUAAAACGGAGAAAGUGUAAAAUGUGCCUUGGGUACAGAUAAUAAAUGUCUUUAAUUACAAGAAUUAGGACCCACUCAGCAAAAGGACACCAUCUAGUACUUUGGAACUGGUCUCUUGUGCGUGAAGCGUGUCGCAUGAGCUAUAAUUUAUAUUUUAUAGAAGAAAGUAUGUCAUAGAAACUAUUAUUGGAACCAUGUCAAAAACUAUUUCUUCAAACAUUCAAUAUAGUUUCUAAUUAUAUAUUUUAUGCUGGAACUAUUAUAAUUAUUAAGUAACACAUAUCGCGCGAAUAACUCCCACAAGUACAAUAAAAAAAGGAAAUUUAAAAUUAUAUCAAAAAAUAUCAAAAGAGACUGCGACGGACAUUUCAGAUAUAAUUCAUAUCGCAAAACGUACAAGGGAAGUAUAAGACGUGCAACCAAGAGAAAUCAGCGGAAUACAUAAUCAACUUAGAGUAGUGAAUUUAGUGUAACGUCUCUCAUAAUGUCAAGUUUUAAACGUGUGUCCAGCUCCUAAGUGCCGGGGUGUCCACGAAAUUCGCAGCAGCAAAUUCUUUGCGAUUCAACCGCUUAUCGCACGAAGACCAGUCUGUAUUUAAUUACAUACGUAUAUACACACAAGUAUCAUACAUAUACCGAACAGAACUCUCUGAAACUUACAUUAUCUAGCUUUAUGAGGGGCGAAGCAUUAAAGAAAAGCAUUAAAUAGGGACUUGUACUAAUUACCGUGUAAGUAACUAAAUGACAAUAAGAACGUUUAAUCGAUGUUUGUGUCGCUGAAUUUUCGAUAUGACAAUACUUGAGAGCAAUCCCGAUCAAUAAUGAGAUCCUUGCUCGAGAUGUAGGCUAUGUCGCUAUAUUUUUCAUUCUUUUUUUUUCUAAGGAAACCGUUUGAAAGUAACAGAUUCUAGUUUGUAAGUGGAUAAAACUCCUACUUCUGUGAAUGACAAUAAUAAAUUAUCAACUUGCGGGAUUUACAAUAGAAGCGGACUGCUCCCAGAAAAGGUCGUUUUCCUUUAGAUUUACUAUAAAGUUCGCAAAUUUACAUAACAAACUACUAUAUGUAUGAAUCAAUCAUUUGCCCAUAUAAAUGUAUGAAACAAAUUAUAAGCCGUGUAUUAUUCUGCAAUAAAAUGUAAGUCAUAAGUCGCGUAGGUGAAGUGUUCCAUUCGCAUGACAUGUACAUGUACAGAUAAUAUAUAGACAAUAACAUAUAGAUAAAUUGUUCGUAGUGUGAGUACAAAUAAAAAUUUUAUUAUAAUUUCAAUUAAACUAACGGAGUUAAAAUCAAAAAUGUUGAAAAUGAGUUUCAGUUCAAAUUGUUACGAAUAAUUAUCUUGUUUGUUUUUGUUGAAUAUCUUUCUUUAAAUCAUUCUUUGUCUAAAUUAGUUUAUUUCACAAAACUAUGUGAGAUAAAAAGAAAACGAUAGUGCACAUCUUUGUAUUAAUUAAUAAUUUCUACGCGUUUUUAAAAUCGAGAGCCAAACAUUAUUUGCUCGCGAUUAUUUAUCUCAUGUUAUUCUUCAGUUGGUCGGUGCAUAUUUCUAUUUUUCCAGGAGCAGCCCGAUGAAAUGUCCCAAGUUGUUAGUUCAUAAGAGACAAAUAAUAGCUUAGGUCCUAAGAGAAAUUUUUGGCUAUAUUAUGUACAUUAAUACGUAUAAAAAGGGGAUAAAUGAAACAUGUUUGUGGAGGUGCUUCCGGAGACUAAAUUCAAAAUAUUAGUCGUCCGACACAGCAUGCAAGCGAUUACCGUCAAUGUUGUACAGUUUCAAACGUGAUUUCGAAUUGUUAGUGGUACUUAGCGUGUAAUAUUUACAACUCUAGAUCUAUAUCUUUGAAUUAAUAUACUAAAACGAUCUACUUGUAAGCUUCCAUCCAUGCAUGGUUACUAUGUAAGACAUGUGGAACGACAGAGGUACGGAGAGAUAGAAUGAAAAAUUCUUAUCGCGUUAUCAUGUACGAAUGCAAUUUUCGCAAUUUUCCAUAAGCUGCGGAUUCCGAAAACUAGUUAUAUAAUCAACAUUAACGAUAAGUUUUACAAAAGACGUUUUGGAAUGGCGUCUUAGCGCACAUUUUCCGUUACGUUUUUAAUUGCAAUGCCUUUUUAGAUUUCAUACGUUUUUCAAAACAUGUAUUUACGCGUGGAAACAUUCCAAGCAACGUCGCGAUUUUAUUCUGAAAAUGCUCUGUAAUUAUUUUAUAAUACUAUCUACUUAUUAAAUAUACAACUUAUUAAUAUGCUCCGAUUAGCAAUUAUCGGGAAAUUUUUGCAAUAUCGUAUCUCUAUAUACUAUAUAUACAUUUCAUCGGAAAUGUUAAAAGAGAAAUUCUGCGAUUAAUGUGAACUAACUGCGAGUUAAUAUCGGCGCUUAUGACUUUCUGUCAUCGCCAUUCGUUGUAUUCGUUUGUAUGCAAAAUUAACACAAUGUUACAAAAGCUUUUUACUUAUUUCCAUUUUGCCUUCCUCUUUUUCGCGCGCUUAUUGUAUACGUUUCAAAACUGUACAACUAGCUUUGUAUACGCGCAGACUAAUAUUUCAGACAAUACAUUGUAAAAACGAUCGCAUAAAUACGAACGGUCUUGUAACUUUUCGGUAAUAGAUAGCUGUAAGAGUUCGAGAUACAAAAAUUAUUUUAAAAUUUAUAUUAAGCAAGGAAUGAUGCGUUGUUAAUAUGUACGAAACGACAGAGUUGAAUCAUACCACGCUUAAUACCUUUGCUAGUAUUGCGUCCCGCAAAGGCCUCUUUUGUGUGUGAAGUCGUAAUUUCGGGACGGUUGCAGCAACAUCAGCGCUGAUUGUAUCUUCUUUCUGUAUUAUAAAUCUAUUUCUUCAGAAAAAUAGCAAUUAAUUCAGCAAUGAAAAGAGAUCAAGAUUCACAGAGAUUUUUUUGCUUUUUUUCUUCGAAAAUUCAGAGAUUUUUUAAAGUUUUAAUUAUAAAAUAUGUAAAACAUCUCUUGGCAUAUUUGUUAACUUUCUGAAAUUAAAUAUUUAAUUUAGAAGAGAAUUAAUACACUUCGACUUUUAUUAUUAUUAUUACUUAAUCUUUUUACAGCGUUAUCAGUCAAGAUUGUGUGUAUUAAGUCAUUUAUGUUACAUCUGAUUUUAUUAUUUUUCAAGCACUCGCAGUUUUCUUUGAUUAUUGACGUCUUAUGAAUAUAAUAAAUAAAAAGGCUAAAUAAACGUCAAUUGAUGUUGAUGUAUCCGAUCUCGAGAAAGAAUGAGAGAAUUUCAUAAAAAAUUAAUGAUCUCAUUGGAAAAAAUCUCGUAGAUAGGACAUUUUCAUUUUUUAAGGUACGAUUUUCUAGGUACACUGUUCCGCAUACGAAAAAGCGCAUCCGUACUGAAAAAUCAGGAUGUCUCAUGUAGCGACUGAAAGUAUUAGUCGACGAACAAAAAUCGAUCGUCAGGAUUAUAUAUAGCGCUCGCGUGUGUCGAAUUGUAUCUGAGAAAUGUUGAAAUUGUCAACCUUUUCGUUUCUCUUCAGCAUUUACGUGUUAGGCUAGCUUAACUAACAACUAACUCCACUAAUCGUCUGAUCGUUACCGCGGAAUCUCUAUCCAAGACGCUCGUUUACUUCAUGUUACAAGCAAAUAUCCGAACUAUACGAGUUUAAAUUCGAUAAAAAUAUUUAAAUGCCGAAGAAUUCUGGCAUGAUACCGCUCUUUUCAUUGCGCGGUUGUCACGUUAGAUAACACCGUGCUGAAAGAUAGAAAGGUAACGAUCUUUUCGAGCGCUCGGAUCUAUUAAAUUAUCAUCAAGCAUGUCCCUUUAAUUUCAAAUGAAUAUACGCAAAUAAUGCAAAUGGUUGAAAGAUGUUCAAAGGCAAAAAAAAAAAAGAAAUCUCUUUAGACGCUCAAACGUAUUUUAAGCGUAUUUUAAACGUGAUGUAGCGUUUUGAAGUCGAUCUUGUUGUCUUUCGGCGCGGUCAAGACCUAAAUAUUUUUCGUGUAUUCUUCGGGCCUCCAUUUCACGUAUUGAGAAAAUUCACAAUGGUUUUUCUCAUAUAUGCAUUAGGGGAAAUUAUUCUAAUUGAAUAUCUGUAGCUCUUCUCAUUCAUUCCGAGAAUCAAGUUUGCCUAGAGAUUAUUAAGAUAUCAAUGCUCAUGGUUUCAUCGUCGCGAGCACUACGUAAAACACUUAAUGAAAAGUCAAUCCUUACUGUUUAAAUCGUAAUUUGACAUAUCUCAUAAGAUAAAAAAAAAAUAAAAUA